CUAAAAGUAUUGAGACGAUAUUUAUAAAAUAGAUCGACUAGAUUAGAUGUUUUUUUAUAAGACUUCCAAUAUACAAAAAUUAUUUGAGAAACAACCGUAAGAUAGAAAAAAAAUUAAUAAAAACUACACUUUAUUUAAUCAUAGUCUAUACAAUGAAGCAAGACUAUGAUUUCGAUAUACGUGAAGAAAGACUUCAUAAAAUAUUUGCGUAUCCGCCCUAGGUAUUAUGUAGCCAAACGCGUAGAUUAGAUUCUGUUGUUCCUCUCCUCAAAGACAUCUCCCUGAAAUGUAUCAUCAUUCACCCCGAGGGAAAAUCUUUGAAUAUCGAUAAAAAAAAGUCACACUAUUUGAUAUUUUCGCCUUCAUUUUCGAAUAUACCAUAAGUUAAGAGAGAGGGGGGGAGGGGGACUCCUGAGCGCAGGAGGAGAGGCCAAAAACACCCUUGGUCCGUUUUUUUAUCUGUUAAUGUUUACAAAUUUUCAAAGUGCUCAUUUUUAACAUGGUAGCGCAGGUCAUGCUCGUUCACAUUCCAUAAAAUAAAAACAGACAAAACAACACAACCAGCAACCGUAUCCUGACCAAUGGGGAAGUCUUUAUAAAUACAAUAAAUGUUAAGGAGAAAAGUCAACCUUCAAGUUACUAACACAAGAAAUGCAUAUUUCUUUCACCCAUUAUUCUUUUAAAUAUAAAAACAUUUUGAACCUCUCGUUUGUCCUCUCCUUUUUAUUUUGCUAUGUCCUCACACCAUCGCCAUGUUAUGGGUGGUGAUGGAACUGUGAGAUCAAAGUUGUGGUGGAAAGGUAAUUCAACAAUGACUCGUAAAACUGUGCUAUCAAAGUCCUUAUCAGAUCCCACAAAACGGCUGGUAUCGUCGUCAUUGACAAAUCUUUCAACGAAAGCGAAGCAUGAUAGUGCUUGUCCUUCUCCACAGGCUCUUCCUUGGAUAGAGAUGGAGGAAAAUGGUGCAUUGUAUAAUACUAUUUUAAAGAAAGUAAGGUAUCGGUCACACACCUUAGAAGACUUGGAUGAAGGUGAUUUAUCCUUUAAGCAAUGGGAAACUAUAAAAGUCAAACAAAUAAAAGCAGCAUCGUUAGAAAAACUUGUAGAACAUUUAACGCCGAUAUCUGAAGAAGAAGCUCAAUCUGACCCUGGGUUUUUAUUGGCAUUCCUAUGCACCUACAAAAGUUUUUCAACGACAACUGAAGUUAUAGACCACCUGCUAAAUAGAUUUGAAUUUUGUGAAAAUUACAAAUUAACAUUACAUGAGGAUGAAGCCAAUAGAAUUAUCAGGCGUAUUUGUUCUGUUUUAUCAAUUUGGAUAGACCAGUAUCCUCUCGACUUUGACGAACCUCCUUCUUAUAACAAUCUGAACCGCUUAAUUCGUUUUAUGGAAAAACGCAGUCAUAUUUUAAGUGCAAAAGAUCUUUAUACUCGAUGCGACCAUAAGUUGACAACUCUUACUGUUAGUCCUUUUGAUGAUGAACGGCCACUUAAAUUUAAAUUUUGUUCCUGUAUAUCUGUCAUUGGCUGUAAUUGCAAAAGAAGCAAUUCAUUUGGAGAAGAUGAGAAAAGCUUUGAAUUAAAAACGUUCUCUGCUGCCUUUAUAGCAGAACAAUUAACUGUUGUAGAUUCUGAAUUGUUUCUCAGGGUUGUUCCACGUGAAUGUCUUGCUUAUUUUUGGUCUAAAAGAGAUCCAUCCAAAGGUUCAAAGGCACAGUCAAUCAAAUUAACUGUUGAACAGUUUAAUUUUGUAACUUUGAAAGUUACCUCUACAAUACUGAAUGCUAAAGAUAAAACAAACACUUAUACUUCGUCAGCACGUGCGAAAGUGAUAUCAAAAUGGAUAGAUGUUGCACUGGAAUUGAGAGAUUUGAAAAACUUUUCUAGUUUGAAGGCUAUCUUAUCUUCAUUACAAGUAACAGCUGUCUAUCGAUUAUCAUGUUCAUGGGAACUUGUCUCUAAAUACUCAAUGGAAUUAUAUGAGGAGUUGUCAGAAAUAUUUUCAAAUGAUUCUAAUCAAAAAGCAUCCAGAGACUUACUCGUGCAGGAAGGAACUGCAAAAUAUUCUACUAAUUCUCUUCGCAAAUCAAAAUCUAAACGUCAGUCAUGGAUGAAAGAGGGGGUAACUCAGGGAACAGUACCAUACCUUGGAACGUUUCUAACUGAUCUUACCAUGAUAGAUUCUGCUCUUCCAGACAAUAUCAAGGAAAAUUUAAUCAAUUUUGAAAAGAGACGUAAGGAGUUUGAGAUAGUUGUACAAAUCAAACUACUGCAACAAGCAGCUAAAAACUAUACAUUCACCCCAGUUGAAGAUUUUUUUAUGUGGUUUAAUUUGAUAAAAACAUACACAGAUAAAGAAAGCUAUGAAAAAUCAUUGGAGGUGGAACCACCACCACCAAAAGACGGUAGCAAACCCACCACUCCUCAACCCCAAAGGAAGUCAGUCAGCAUAAAGAGGUAUUUGAGUGAAUCUGAUCUUCUCCACAAGAUGGAUAAUGUUCAUAAAAGCCUUUCGUCAUUUUCACUCGUUCAACUUAAGCUGGCAAGACACAAUUCUAAUCCUACAAUGACGGAUAGUCUUCAGUCGCUGGUGUCACGGAACAACUUGAAACCAGAAAGUUUAUCCUGUCGCACGUUGUUGGACCCAAGUGACGCCAGCCCACUUGAUAGCACUGGCGUGGUAGGUCGCGUGCACCUUGAAGACACUGCUAACAUUCAAUAUAAAGCUAUAAAGAUUCUACCGAACCACAGAGCAUAUGAAGUGAUCUCAACAACAUUAAUCAAGUUCAAGUGUGACCACGACGUUGGUUUAUAUUCAUUAUAUCAGGUCAUUGACAACAAAAAAAGUCUGCAUAUUCCGCUUAAUUCGAACAUGUAUUACGCCAUGCAUAAAUGCAAAGAACUUUGUUUUAAAGUAACCAAGAAAAAAUUAUCGAAGAAGAAAUCCAAGAUAAGGGCUGGUUCGUUGUCUCGGUCACCGGUUAAAUCACCGGCUGAGAAUAAUCAGUUUAGUUUUCGUGCUCGCAAUGAAAUAGCAUCUGAAAACACGAACGCUGCCUCGAUAUCUCUUAAAUCAUUUUCUACUUUUUGAAAUACACCUUCGGAAGAUGCGAAUACUGCCUCGAUGACCCAAUAAAAAAUAAAAUUUUAAGAUGUAGAGAAAAAACUUUCCUAUAGAAUAUAUUUUUCUUAUUAGUUGUAUAUUUUGUAUAUUUUUUAAAAAAAUGUAAUUAGUUAUGUUUCAUUGUAAUUUUCUUUGGAAAAGAUUCUUAUGGUGUUUUACAGGAAGAAAUAGACUAGCAAGGUCCUGGGAUAAGUAAACAGAACACGUUUUUUAAUAAAUUAGCUCAAUUGUUUGCUUCAUCAUUAUUUUUAUUUUGUUACAGAAAAACACAAAUUUAUUUUAUAACAGGUAUUUUAUCAGAAUAGUAAAAUUAUACUGAUGUUUUGGUGAAGCUCUUUCGUGCUUCUAAAUGAGUUCUUGCUUUAGUUUUUGCAGAAUCUCAGUUUAACAAACAUAAGUAAAAUCUCUUCUGAAUCUUACAACUUUUUGUUACACAACAUGAAUAGUAUGCAUAGUAUGUUUAGGAAGAAUAAAAUGGGUUUUUUUCUUAUUGUCGGAUAUGUUCUUCUUACGAAACCCAAAUUUGUAAAAAGAAAGAUUUUUAUUUUUUUAACUGAAAAUUUUUAAAUGAAAUUUAUUUUCUAUUAUGUUUAUAAAUGAUUCUUUAACGAGUCUCUAAUUUUAUGUUUUUUGGCAAAUUUAUUUUUUUAUUUGUA